AUGAAGGCAAAGCUCACCAGCACCACAGUGAACCUCGUUCUUCUGGGAUUGGCCGGGACUGGAAAGAGUGCAAGUGGAAACACCAUCCUUCGAAAGAAGCACUUUGUUUCUAAACCCAGUUCAAAUCCAGUCACCACAGAGUGUCAGGCGGAAGAAACUGAGAUAAAUGAUUUACAUGUGUGUGUGAUUGAUACUCCAGACAUGUUUGAUGAUGACACUGAACCAUCAGUUCGGGACAAACAUGUAAAAAGGUGCAAAGAGCUCUGUGGGUCAGAACUCUGUGUGUUUGUACUUGUGAUGCAUGUGAGUAGAUUUACUGAUGGUGAGAGAGACAUACUGAAAAAGUUAGAAAACACUUUUGGGACCAAAGUGAAAGAACAAACUGUCAUCCUGUUCACCCGAGGAGACGACCUGGAGGAGGCAGAAAUGAGCCUGGAGGAUUUUCUUCAUUCCUGCCAACCUGGUCUGAAGGAAAUCAUUGAAAAGUGCAACAACAGGUGUGUUCUUUUUGAGAACCGCAGCUCAAGUUCAGACCAGGUGGAAAAGCUAAUGAACACAGUGAGCGUGGUGUUAAAGAACACAGCAAAGAUACAAUAAAUAAGAGGCUUGGAUAUUUUUUGAGUAAAAUAGUAUGGAUCUUUAUAAAAGUGUGUCUGUGUGUGAGAUUCGUUAGUUAUUAGUAUUAACUUCGAAUUUGUAAUGUGUGUGUAAUUGAUGCAAAAUUUUUACUGUACUGAAUUUUAAUUGGUGUGAAAGAUUUACAA